AUGUCAUCAGUAAAGUCAUUAACUUCAACAUUCGAAACUGCCGAAUCACCUACAGCAGUAAAUAAGAAAUCACAUAGUUCACUUGGAUUCACACCAAAGGUUGGUGGAGGUGAAGGAUCGGUCGAUACAGAACCCAUCCCAAGAGACAGAAACAGUGCUAAAUUGGAUAAUUUCCUAAAGAAUGAGGUUCUACCACGUGGUGGAAUGCCAGGUGCCGUUCAUAAAUCGGCAGUCAACAAACCACCACCCAACGAGUUGGACAACAAGGCCAAGGCCAUACCAACCUACGGUGGUAACCCACAUCCAGUCUACCAAUUAAUGUUCCAAGGAAAGCCACACGAGUCGGCAUCAACCAAAAAGAAAAUAGUAAUACCACCAUCUCAUGCGUAUUAA